UUUUACCAGCUUGUACUAGUCUAUGUCUAGCCAACAAAGCAGUGAAGCUAGACUCUCCUAUACUUAUACUCUACGUUGAUGUAAAAUUAACAUCAGUUUACACAAAUGGAACUUGGAGACAGCGGACUGACAAUAGCAGUUAAUGCUGUGAUGUCAUUAACUGCAUUUUUCCUAUGUUUAAAUAUUAUUCCAAAAUUUAAAGAAAUGUUUUUAAAAGCAAAUCUGUGUGGUAUCGAUUUAAACAAGGAAAAUAAAAACAAAAUACCUGAGGCGUUAGGUGUGGUGUGUGGUGCAGUUUUUCUUUGCACAAUGUUUCUCUUCAUGCCGAUGCCAUUCUACAAACAGCUGGCAGAUAAUACACCUGGCAAAUUUCCUCAUCAUGAGUAUAUUCAUUAUUUGGCUGCUCUGCUGUCUAUAUGCUGCAUGGUUUUCUUGGGUUUUGCUGACGAUGUUCUUGACUUGAGGUGGCGCCACAAGCUUCUCCUGCCUACCUUUGCCUCACUGCCUCUGCUGACUGUUUAUUUUAUCAACAUCAAUGCUACCAAUGUUAUCAUGCCCAAACAGCUGCGUUGGCUCUUAGGGUUUGACCUAAACUUAGGGCCACUGUAUUAUCUUUAUAUGGGUAUGUUGGCUGUAUUCUGCACUAAUGCUAUAAAUAUUCAUUCCGGUGUUAAUGGAUUGGAAGUUGGACAGUCCUGCGUGAUAAGUCUAUCUGUGCUUAUUUUUAACUUCACAGAAAUGCAAGGUGAACAUCGAAUGGGACAUGUGUUCUCCAUAUAUUUCAUGAUGCCUUUCCUGGCAGUCAGUACAGCGUUACUUUUUCAUAACUGGUACCCUUCCCGGGUAUUUGUCGGAGACACCUACUGCUAUUUUUCAGGCAUGACCUUUGCUGUGGUUGGCAUUCUUUCCCAUUUCAGUAAAACAAUGCUGCUCUUUUUCAUUCCACAAGUCAUUAAUUUUAUUUACUCCAUUCCUCAAUUGUUCCAUUUUGUCCCUUGUCCACGCCAUAGAUUACCUAGGCUUAAUCCAGAGCUUGGGAAAUUAGAUGCAAGCUAUACAGUAUACAAAACUGGCAGUCUAAAUAAAAUGGGCCAGAUUUUUGUCAAACUUUUUUCUCUUUUUCGUUUGAUAUCAGUAAAGGAAGGAGUUGGAGAAAAUGGUUUGUAUACACAGGUAAAUAAUUUUACAUUAAAUAAUUUCAUUUUGAGAACCUUUGGACCUCUGCAUGAACAAACAUUGGUGAUAAUACUCCUAGCUAUACAGAUUAUUUGCAGUGGCGUGGCAUUUAUAAUCAGAUAUCAAUUGGCUAAAAUAUUUUAUGACAGUUAAAACAAAGUUUUAAUUUAUCUUGCUUGAAAAGUAAAUGAGUCGACAAAUCAAUGUAAUGAUGCAACAGAAACAGCAUUUUUCAAGAUUUAUUCCUUGAAUGUUGUUUUUUUGUUGACAUUUUUGUGGGUUUUUCAUUUCUGUAUUUUUUUUUUUCAGUAUUGUGAUAUGAUAAUAUCAUAUGGAUAUUAUCACUAUUUUAAAUUUAACAUAUAUAAAUGUUGCAUUUGAUUAUUUUAUCACAACAUGUAUAUGAAAUUUAGCAAUUUAAAAUUGUACAUUUUAUUCAGGUUUAGAUUUGUUUAGUCUACAAUAAGAAAAAUAUUUUAAGUUGUUUGUGUUGAUGUGCAAUCCAUAUUAACAAAUCAGAAUUAAAAAAAAAAAAGCUUUUCUUUUAAAUUCUAUCAUAGCUAACUUUGUUAAUGCUAGUACUAAUACCUUGUGCACGUCAUCAGUUAUCUCCCUUACAAAACAAAGCUUAAAAGUGUAAGGGAAUACCUAAAAUAAAUUCUAGGAUGGUGGGAAGGGUCAAUUGGUAUAAACUACAGUUCAAUUGACUCUGAAAUCCAAUCAAACAUAAAGCAAAUAAUUCAAUCAAAAUUGAUGCAUUUUAUGUUUAAGAUGUCAUAAACAACAGCUGCUCAACUAAUGGAGUUGUAGAUGAAAAUAAAGGAAGUGAUGGCAGACAUUAGAAUUAAUCAGUUGUUCUUGUUUUUAACAGUGCCCUACUUUAGAUUUUAUAUUGACAUUUUUAUGUACACUAUUAUACUAUACCAAAUGAGUUCAGGCUUCAAAAUGUAACUGUAAAUGUAAGAAAUAUGUGAUAUGCUUUGUCAGAUUCAGACUUCAUGUUUUGUAGUUUUUUUUCAUCUUUCCAUAUCUUGAGUUCUGUUUUUUUUUUUUUUCUUUUAAUACUUUGUAUAGAGGUACAUGGAUAAAAUUGAUUUGUAUUUCUAAAGACUUAACUGUUUUUAGUUUUGGCAUACCAAAAAAAAAAAGUGCUUCGGCUCUUUACUAUUUCGUCAUUUUAACAGAACUUGUCAUGUCACAACUAUUUCUGGGUAUGUUUAUAUUUUUGUGUGUAGAGUUAUGAUCUGAGAAUAGACAAUAAAUACAUACUAUGACACUA